AAUAAAAUAUCAUGUCAUACAAAAAAUAAAUGCGUUUUCUACUGCGAGUUGUCUGAUAUUGCACCUUCACCAACCGUUGAUCGUUUUCAUUUGUAUAUUUAUAUGUAUAUGUAUAUGCGCCAAAGUGCACCGCUUCAUCACUAUCACCAUCCCAAAAACUGCAUGUGCUUCUGUUCGUUUUCCAAAUCUCCUCUUUGUUUCUGAAUCUUCCCUUCGCUGUUGCAGAGAUGGCUUCGCGGUGCUGGCCUUCUGAUGCUGAGCUAAAUGAAUUGAGAGAGAGAGUUUCGAAAAUAGUGGAUCUGAAUAAAGAGGAAGUUCGAGUUGUGGUAUCUCCCUAUCGAAUAUGUCCUUUGGGGGCACACAUUGAUCAUCAGGGUGGGACCGUUGCAGCUAUGACAAUCAAUAAGGGAAUACUUCUGGGGUUUGCUCCUUCUGGCAGUAAUCAGGUUGUAAUUCGUUCUGGACAGUUUGAGGGAGAAGUUAAGUUCAGAGUUGAUGAGAUUCAGCAGCCAAAAGAUAAGAGUUUGGACAAAGAUUCAUCAGAGCUACAGGAACAAUGUAACUGGGGGCGUUAUGCUAGAGGAGCCGUAUAUGCACUACAGAGUAGAGGAAACAAUCUUUCUAAGGGUAUCAUUGGAUACAUAUGUGGUUCUGAAGGUCUGGACAGUUCGGGUUUAAGCUCUUCUGCUGCAGUUGGAGUAGCUUGCCUCAUGGCUUUGCAAUAUGCAAAUGAUUUAGUAAUAUCUCCCACAGAAAAUAUUGAUUAUGAUAGGUUGAUUGAGAACGAAUAUUUGGGUCUGAAAAAUGGCAUAAUGGACCAAUCAGCUAUAUUACUUUCAAGCCAUGGUUGUUUGAUGUGCAUGAAUUGCAAGACCAAAGAUUAUAAGCUUGUUUACCGACCAAAGGUUCUAGAAUACAACGAGAGUGGGGAACCAAAAGCAACCAGAAUAUUGUUGGCACUUUCAGGGUUGAAGCAAGCUUUGAUGAAUAACCCUGGAUAUAACAAGCGAGUUGCAGAGUGUCGAGAGGCUGCACAAAUUCUUCUUGAAGCAUCUGGAGAUUACAAAACAGAGCCCAUCCUAUCUAAUGUUGAUCCAGAAGUAUAUGAGGCUCACAAGCACAAAUUAGAACCUGAUCUAGCCAAAAGAGCAGAGCAUUAUUUCUCUGAGAAUAUGCGAGUUUUGAAAGGAGUUGAGGCUUGGGCGAUGGGCAGGUUAAAAGAUUUUGGAAUGCUUAUUACAGCUUCUGGUCGGAGUUCCAUUCAAAAUUAUGAAUGUGGUUGUGAACCACUGAUUCAACUGUAUGAGAUCCUUUUGAGGGCUCCCGGUGUAUUGGGAGCGCGCUUCAGUGGUGCUGGGUUUAGAGGGUGUUGCCUUGCAUUUGUGGAGGCUGACCUUGCAACUGAAGCUGCAUCAUUUGUCAGGAGUGAAUAUCUCAAGGUACAGCCAGAGUUAGCAAGCCAAAUAAGCAAAGACACUGCAGUUUUGAUAUGUGAAUCUGGUGAUUGUGCACGUGUAAUUUGUAAAGCUCGGUUGGCUCUUAGGGCAGAAAAGUGCCAGAAACUUAUUAAGAAUUAUAUGGAUUCUUUGAAGGGGUUCAACCCCGAUGUUUCUUUAUUAAAAAGGAUGAAGAGGUAUUGUGUGAAAGAACAAAGAGUGCAGCAGAACAUAGAACAUGUGAGUCAAGCUUCUGUUCAGAACACCAACAUGGGUUCCAAUCCCUUGUCUGCAUUGACUUCAACAAAGCCCACACCAAUCCCAACCCAAGACCACGACGACCAAGACUCUCCUUCAUCAAAAUGUCUUCUUUCCUUCAGCACCGACUCUUGUUCUUCAACCCCAUCUUCCUCUUCCCACAAAGCCCUCUUCAUCACUCUCAUCCUCAUCACCUCUAUUGCCUUAUCAACAUCCUUCGCCUUCGCCUUUCUCUACUUCUCUUCAAAACCACCACCUUCUCCUCUCCUCGUGGCUCGUCCUCUGUCCAAACUCAAACGCCCCGUCGUCCUCUUAGUCUCCUCCGACGGCUUCCGAUUCGGUUACCAAUUCAAAACCCCAACACCCCACAUUUCCCGUUUGAUCGCUAACGGAACCGAAGCCGAAGCCGGUUUGAUUCCCGUUUUUCCCUCUCUCACUUUCCCCAACCACUACUCCAUCGCCACUGGCCUCUACCCUGCUUACCACGGCAUCAUUAAUAACCACUUCACCGAUCCACUCUCUGGGGAACCCUUUUACAUGGGUAACAGCCAUGACCCCAAGUGGUGGCUCGGGGAACCCUUGUGGGAAACUGUGGUAAAAAACGGCUUAAAGGCUGCAACUUAUUUCUGGCCUGGUUCUGAGGUAAAUAAGGGUCCUUGGUCUUGUCCUUUCAAUUAUUGCAGGCACUAUAAUUCUUCUGUUGCGUUUGAGGAUAGGGUUGAUGCGGUUUUGGGGUACUUUGAUUUGCCUAGUGAUCAGAUUCCUGAUUUCAUGACUCUUUACUUUGAGGACCCUGAUCAUCAGGGUCAUAAGGUUGGUGCUGAUGAUCCUCAGAUCACUGAGGCUGUUGCUAGGAUUGAUAGAAUGAUGGGGAGGUUGAUUAGGGGUUUGGAGGAAAGAGGGGUUUUUGAGGAUGUUAGUGUUAUUAUGGUUGGUGAUCAUGGAAUGGUUGGUACUUGUGAUAAGAAGUUGAUCUUCCUUGAUGAUUUGGCUCCUUGGAUUGAUGUUCCUAAAGAUUGGGUUGUGACGCAUACUCCUGUGCUUGCAAUUCGUCCACCUUCUGGUAAUGAUCCGGCUGAUGUUGUCGCUAAGAUGAAUGAAGGGUUGAGCUCGGGGAAGGUUGACAAUGGGAAGUUUUUGAGGGUGUAUUUGAAGGAGGAUCUGCCUAGUCGGCUUCAUUAUGCCGCGAGUAAUCGGAUUGCGCCGAUAAUUGGGUUGAUUGAGGAAGGUUUCAAGGUUGAGCAGAAGAGAACCAAGCGCCAAGAGUGUGGCGGUUCGCACGGUUAUGACAAUGCGGUUUUCUCCAUGAGGACUAUUUUUAUUGGACAUGGUCCUCGAUUUGCUAGAGGGAGGAAGAUACCGUCGUUUGAGAAUGUUGAGAUUUAUAAUUUGAUUACUUCUAUUCUCAAGAUAAAGGGAGCACCUAAUAAUGGCUCUGCCUCAUUUGCUGAGUCCGUUCUACUAUCUGCUGCAUAAGCGACAAGACCGUGAGCUUUUAUUGGUGGACAGCAUUGCAGAUGUCGAACUCUAGUGAGUAAAAUAUUUGAUCGCUAAGCUGUAUGAUAAAUAAUGUGCUCUCUAGGAGUGACGCUCGGAUCAGAAAGUAUAGGUGUCAUAUACCUUUGCAUGCGAUCGCUGAAAUUAGUCUAUAUGUAAUAAAGGUAGUUCCAUUUUUGUUUGUUAUGAGCAGCACAAGUAGAGGGAAAGCUUAGCUUUAACAAUGUGUAUUUUGGGUCUGUAAGUAGUAUACGAUCACAUGAUAUAUAUGUUCUUGAGAUUGAGUGAGAUCCCCAUUUGGAUCUCUAAUCACAUAUCAUAAAUUGCCUACCAACAAGGAUCCAUGGAUUUGAACACUA